UGAAGCUAUUAGAAAAUGAAAGCUCUGCUUAUUUUAAGCCUUAUCGUCGAGUGCUUCGCUCUUGACUCAUUUAACAUCAGGCACCAUGAAGACUCAACCUUCAAAGAAGAACAGCAAACGUACAAGAUAACUACAACAUGGGACAGCAAACCAGUGCUGCAUGACCCAGUGACGAUCACAUUUAAGCCACAUCCAGAUGGACUGCUGUUGGAAGUAAAUGCUCCUUUCUUUGAUGACCCUCGUGCACCCCCUGGGGAGCCUGGAAACCCCUUUAAUGGACUCUGGGACUAUGAAGUGGUUGAAUCUUUUUUCCUGAACAGCCAGACUACUCAAUAUCUGGAAGUAGAGCUGUGUCCGCAUGGGCAGCAUCUGGUUCUGUUACUUUCUGGCAUCGGAAAUGCGUUUAUGACAGAGCUGCCGCUGGAAUUUUCAGCAGAUGUCACAUCAGACUGGGGGAAAUGGCACGGCACGGCUCUUAUCCCCUGGUCCUAUUUUCCUCCUGGAGUUGACGCGAUGAAUUCUUAUGCUAUCCAUGGCUCUGGAAUUGGCAGAGUAUAUGAGUCCUUAUAUCCAAUUCCUCCAGAAGAAAUAAGUGAAGGUCAAGGGCCUAAUUUUCAUCGUCUGGAAUAUUUCAAAGCAUUCAAACUGAAAUGGAUCAUGGGAGAAGAAUGGGAGCAGCCCUCGUCUUGCCUCUGGGAUUCUAUCCCCUGUAACAUCCCUGUCUCCACUCUAUAAAAAUAAGACAAAUUAGAAGAAAAAUAAAUUCCUUCUGGCAUUUAGCAUUUAGCAAAUCGCUUAUUCUUUUUCAUUACUAAAACUCUUUUGAUACCGCGUAUUAAUAAAAUGAGCUUUUCAGCA